ACACGCCUCCUUAUUGGUUGUUACGUCAGGACCGACCCUGCAUUUGCAAUGGAAGGUGGAAGUUGAGAUGAGAUCGGAGGUCGAAAUUCGAAAACUGAACCGAAGCUUUAUGCUUUUAACUGUUGCAUGACGAACUCCACAUUCGAACACUGAUUGUCGACAUGUUCAUUGAAAUACUUUAGGACGUAAACAUCCCCUCCAAAGAGUCAUGAGUCAUUCUAACGAGGACGCUCCUACGAAUGGGGGCAUGCAGCAAAAGAGGAACAUCCAGAUCAUUGAGUGGGAGGACUUGGACAAAAGGAAGUUCUAUUCUUUUGGGGUGUUCAUUACCCUGAGCAUCCGGGCCACAGUCUACCCGGCCACCUUAAUCCGGACACGGCUUCAGGUGCAGAGGGGCAAGUCUCUUUACAGCGGUACAUUCGACGCAUUCGUCAAGAUUCUGCGGGCGGAGGGCGUUCGGGGGCUGUACCGUGGUUUCAUGGUCAACACCUUCACCAUCAUCUCUGGCCAGGCUUACAUCACCACGUAUGAGCUGGUGAGGAAGUAUGUGUCCAAUUAUUCUGAUGACAACACAGUUAAGUCGCUGGUGGCGGGCGGCGCGGCGUCCUUGGUAGCCCAGAGCAUCACGGUGCCCAUAGAUGUGGUGUCACAGCAGCUGAUGAUGCAGGGCCAAGGAGAGCACCUGAGCCGCUUUCGCCCCCAUUCUCAAUCGGACACCGGAAAGCCGAAAAGAGUGUUUGGCCACACCAGGAGCAUUGUGGCCCAAAUAUUUGCCGCUGAUGGUUUACCAGGCUUCUACAGGGGAGCAGUUGCUUCUUUGCUCACCUACAUCCCAAACAGCGCUGUCUGGUGGCCAUUCUACCAUUUUUAUGCAGAGCAGUUGUCAAAUAUGGCUCCUUCUGCCUGUCCUCAUCUUGUCCUCCAAGCCAUGGCUGGUCCACUUGCAGCCGCUACUGCCUCCACUGUCACCAACCCAAUGGAUGUUGUCAGAGCCAGGGUACAGGUUGAAGGUCGCUCUUCAAUCAUCGACACAUUCAGGCAGCUGAUCAGAGAGGAGGGCUUCUGGGGGUUGACCAAAGGACUGUCGGCACGCAUCAUUUCAUCCACUCCCACCGCCAUCGUCAUGGUGGUCGGCUACGAGACCUUGAAAAAAGUGAGUUUGCGUCCUGAGCUGGUGGACUCCAGACACUGGUAGAAGAUGCUCCUCACGUGGAGGGUGUGCCAUGUCAGAAGCAAGUGUCUGCGUUUGGGUCAAACAGUGGACAUGCACUGAUUAACACUGACACUGUUUUCCCUCAUAAUGGAACACACAUAUGCACAUGACGGCUGCAGGAGAAGUUCCAUAGAGGACACAAAAACAAGAGUACCUCAUGUUUUUUAAAGAGUAGACCAAAAUACACAAAUACCAGAGGGUUUUUUUUUUGCAAAUGAGGAUUGGUGUCUUCUGGUGUACAUCAACAUUUUGGGCCAACGUCAGAACCUGAGCUGGUUUUGGAGUCCAACUACUACAAUUUUGGCCUUUUAAAGUUUUUGCCUUCAUCAAGUGAAAUAAUGCAAUAUUUUUUUAGCCAUGGGUGUGUUCUGAAUAAUACAUGACUAAAUGGCAAAUGCACAUAACACAAUACUAAUGGGUUUAUGGGUGUUGUGGGGUGGCAACAGUCAGUGCCUUCCCACUGUGUCUGUUAUUGUUUGAGGCCAGUUUUGUCACGAGUUCUCCUUCUUUUCAAUUAUGUCUUAAAAAGAUAUUAAGCCUAAUUUAUUUUCAUUGGCUGUUGGUGUUUCUUACUGUAGAAUCUAACUGUAGUACAUUUUAUUGGUAUGACUUUGCUGCUUUGAGUACAGUUUUUUGAUUUUUUUUUUUUCCAAAGUGGCAAUUUUAAGGUGACUGUGAUUCUAUUAAUGAGCAGUACAAUGUUCCCUCUAUUAUCGCGGGGGGAUAGGUUCCUUCACAGUACACUUUAUACGCAGAACACAACGGGCAGGUCCUCCCUGAGCCAAUAAGGACUGUUGUGACUAUGUAUUUGGCACCCUCUUGUCCGCUGAGGCUUCCUCAUUGCUGGUGCAGGAUACGGAGCCGCAUACAUCUUCAACAUGGGUAAACAACACCCUCUAUUGGUAGCAGUAGUAAAUACAAUAACAAACAUACAACAGCGCACUGAUGGAUCGCUGUAAUACACCACAAGGACUAAGAACAAUGUCCAUGCGUUUGCUGUUAAAAAUAUUCAAAAUUGCAUUUAUUUUAUUAUUUUUUGCAAUCAAAAUUGCAUUUAAAUAACCAGCGAAUCUGUGAAAGGUAAAGGUGAUGUAGCGAGGCAACACUAUAUUAAACCUAUUUAACUGGCAAGACCUUCGAUGAUGCAGGGAUUUUCAUUAGAAAACGCACUGAUAUAUUGUAACAAUAUAAUAAAUAAUGUGAAGAACAAUGCAUUUUGGAAUCAUGUCAAAAUGCAGCUGUUUCUGUAUAUUUAAAUGUUGAACUUAGUAAACAGGGAUUGUGGGAUUUCAUCAUGAAACGUUAUUUAAAGAUAAAAUGCAAAUGAAGCUGAGGUUAGAUGUCAUGGCUAAUGCAAAUAUUUUAUUUGUACAUAUCUGCUGCUCAAUGAAGAGAAAACUAUUUAAAUAUGUGCAACUUCUGAUCCUUUUAUGUCUAAUCUUUCACAAGUCAGCUGUUUGUAUCAUGUGUCAUGUCACGUGACUCCAUGUCUUGGUUCAACCUGCCAAUAAAACACCAUGUUCACAUCUGUUUCCUGCAUUAAG